AUGAAUGAACCGACUAACUUUGAUACGAGUAAAGACCGUCCACGGAAUUGGCCAUUUCGUGACGGUUGGAAUUGUCCAGUAGAUGAGUGGGACGACCCGGUAUAUAAAACAGCUAUACAAGGUGAUCGCCUGUCAGACAAAACAUUGUGUAUGAUUUCAGAACAAUCAAAUGGUUCACACAUAUUUCGACACUAUGAUGUUCAUACUUUGUAUGGUUGGUCUCAAACACUAGCAACAUUGUCAGCUGCUCAGGCGACAGAAAAUAAACGAUCAGUUGUCAUUAGUCGCUCAACAUUUCCAUCAUCCGGCAAGUACGGUGGGCAUUGGUUAGGAGAUAAUUCAGCGAAAUGGAUACAUGUCAAAUAUAACAUAAUUGGUAUGUUAGAAUUUAAUUUGUUUGGCAUUCCAUAUAUUGGUGCGGACAUCUGCGGUUAUUACGGUAAUACGUCCGAACAGUUAUGUCAACGAUGGAUGCAAGAAGGCGCAUUUAAUCCAUUUUUUCGUAAUCAUAACGGGGAAUUUAUAGAUCAAGAUCCAGGUAGUUGGUCUCCUCCAGUUGUUGAGUCUAAUCGUAAAGUGGUUGAAACUCGUUAUACUCUUCUACCAUAUUUAUAUACAUUAUUUUAUCGUGCACAUAUUAUGGGUGGCACUGUUGUUCGUAGUAUGGCACAUGAGUUUCCAGAAGAUAGUCAAUGCUGGUCAUUGGAUGAACAAUUUUUAUGGGGUAAACAUUUGCACAUAGCUCCAGUUAUUUAUGAAAAUCAUGUUGAAAAAGAAAUCUAUUUUUCUGGUUUAAAUUCAAAUGAACGAUGGUACAAUUAUUAUACAGGCGAAGAAAUGUAUCAGACAGCAGAUGGGUCAUCCUAUAUCACUGUUCCAGCACCACUCAACUAUUUGCCGUUAUAUCUGAGAGGUGGUGCAAUUAUUCCACAUCAAAAACAUGCACUAAAUACGCAGAAAAGCGAGCUUUAUUGGGACGAUGGUGAAAGUAUUGACGCAUAUGAAAACGACUAUUAUUCACAUUUCAUGUUUAAUUAUAUCUCAAAUCGUUUAACAUUGGAGCCAUUGUCCUUUAAUUAUAGAUCGAUAUUAUUUACGCUAGAUGGAAUUUAUAUAUAUGGUUUAAUGCAAACUCCAAAAGAAGUAAUAUUAAAUAAUGAAGUAGUGACAUCAUCAAAAUGGACAUACUUUCAGAACACUCAAUCAUUGUCUAUUAAACAUUUGCAAUUAGAAAUGAGUAAAACACAUGAAAUUGUCAUUUAUUGA